GGAAGUCCGGGCGGCUGCAGUCGUCUGGGCGUGGCUGUCCCAGCCGGCGUGGGCUGCGCAGGUCCGGGCCCGGCCGAGGAGCAGAGGAAGGACGGCUGAGCAGGCAGAGCCUUCCAGAUGGCUGAGCUAGACCUAAUGGCUCCAGGGCCACUGCCCGGGGUCCCCGCUCACUCGCUGGUCACUCUCAGUCCAGACUCUGGGUCCGACAGCCCAGCAGAGGCCGAGGACCGGGGCUCCCUGGAGAGCCCCCCGGGGGAGCCCGAGGGUCUGGGCACCGGCUCUGGCGGCGAGGGGGAGGAGGAGAUCCUUUGUGACUUCUGCCUUGGGGCCAGUAGGGUGAGGGCGGUGAAGUCCUGCCUGACCUGCAUGGUGAAUUACUGCGAGGAGCACCUAAGGCCACACCAGGAGAACAGCAAACUGCACAGCCACCAGCUGGCGGAGCCGGUGAAGGACCGGGACCUGCGCACCUGCCCAACCCACCACAGCCCGCCGGUCGCCUUCUGCUGCACCGACCGCCAGUGUAUCUGCCAGGAGUGUGGCCAGGGCGAGCACAAGGGCCACGCCUCAGUCCCCCUGGAUGUCGCCCGUAGGGACAAGGAGGCUGAGCUUCGGAGCACCCAGUUGGACCUGGAGCGGAAACUCAAGUUGAAUGAAAACGCCAUUGCCAGGCUCCAAGCUAACCAUAAAUCCGUUUUGGUGUCAGUGUCAGAGGUGAAGAUGGUGGCUGAGGAGCAGUUUGGGGAACUCCUUGCUGCUGUGAGGAAGGCCCAGGCUGAUGUGAUGCUGUUCUUGGAGGAGAAGGAACAAGCCGCCCUGAGCCAGGCCAAUGGCAUCAAGGCACACCUGGAGCACAGGAGUGCAGAGAUGGAGAAGAGCCAGCAGGAGCUGGGGAGGAUUGUGGCUAUCAGCAACACUGUCCUGUUCCUGGAGGAGUACUGCAAGUUUAAGAACACUGAGGACAGCGUCUUCCCUAGUGUUUACAUUGGACUCAAGGACAAGCUCUCCGGUAUUCGCAAGGUCAUCAUGGACUCCACUGUGCACCUGGUGCAGUUGCUGCACAACUACAGGAACAAGCUGGAGGAGUUUGCAAGGGAAGAGGAGUAUGACAUCAGAACUCAAGUGUCAGCUGUUGUUGAACGCAAAUAUUGGACCUCAAAACCUGAGCCCAGCACCAGGCAACAGUUCCUCCAAUAUGCAAGUGACAUCGAGUUUGACCCUGACACAGCACACAGGUACCUCCGGCUGCAGGAGGACAAUCGCAAAGUCACCAACACUACGCCCUGGGAGCAUCCCUACCCGGACCUCCCCAGCAGGUUCGUGCACUGGCGGCAGGUGCUUUCCCAACAGAGCCUGUACCUGCACAGGUACUACUUCGAGGUUGAGAUCUCUGGGGCAGGCACCUACAUUGGCCUGACCUGCAAAGGCAUUGACCGGAAAGGGAAGGAGCGUAACAGCUGCAUUUCUGGAAACAACUUCUCCUGGAGCCUCCACUGGAAUGGGAAGGAGUUCUCAGCCUGGCACAGUGACACAGAGACCCCACUCAAAGCCAGCCCCUUCCGGAGGCUGGGGAUCUAUGUCAACUUCCAGGGAGGGGUCCUCUCCUUCUAUGGUGUGGAGCCUGACACCAUGACUCUGAUUCACACAUUUGACUGCAAGUUUUCAGAGCCGGUCUACCCUGCCUUCUGGCUUUCCAAGAAGGAAGACACUGUGCGGAUUGUGGAUCUGGGAGAGGAGCCUGAGAAGCCAGCAUUGACCUCAGGGGAGGCUGCUUCCUAGACUCUGGGAUCCACAUUCCAAGCUUCGCUAACCACGAGGCAGUGAGUUGCCUUCUGAGGGUGACCUGAGGGCAGAACUCUCUACCAGGGUUCACUGGUUUAGAAAUCCUGGGGGUCUGUGAAUAAGGAGAUGAGCCUCUGGCUUCCUUUGCCUCCAUGCUGUGCUGUUCCCCAUGUUUGUAGUCAUCUUCAGGUGAAGGCCCUCUUGCGUGAUGCUUGAGACUCCCAUCUUUGAUAUUCUCCUGUCUGCUCUGGUGAACAGCAGUGCAUUGGGCUCAGAAUUGCUAACCAGGAAUCUUCAGAGAUCAAAAAGAUCACAGAUUAAUCAUAAUAAAUUGCUAACUUUAUGCA